UCAGGCGGACAGUUGCCUCCCCGCUGCCGACUUUUCAUAGGCUGGGGAAAGAAGGUUGGGAAACUUGACAUUGUCCUAGGACUCCCCCCAGCAAAGAAUAAAAAGGGUGGGGAAAUAAUAGACAGGGAAGAGGAGGGAGGGAAACUUGCUUACUGUGAGAAACUUGAUGGAUUUCUGCCCUGCCGACAGCAGCGCGGUGUGAGCAGCCCCUGGCCGGCUGGAUGGAUGAUGGGAAUCUCACCAUGAGGCAGAUAGCUGAUCAGCUUCCCUGGAUUUCGCUGACGCCACAGGAAAGCUUUGCCUGAAGAUGGAAACACUGGAGUCAGAACUGACCUGCCCUAUCUGUCUAGAGCUGUUUGAAGACCCGCUGCUGCUGCCUUGCGCUCACAGCCUCUGCUUCAACUGCGCGCACCGCAUCCUGGUCUCCCACUGCGCCACCAACGAGCCAGUGGAGUCUAUCACCGCCUUCCAGUGCCCGACCUGCCGCUAUGUCAUCACCCUCAGCCAGCGUGGUCUAGACGGGCUCAAGCGCAACGUCACCCUGCAGAACAUCAUUGACAGGUUUCAGAAAGCCUCAGUCAGUGGGCCCAAUUCCCCCAGCGAGACCCGCCGGGAGCGGGCGUUCGAUAACAACAGCAUGUCGUCCUGCGAGAAGGUCCUCUGCCAGUUCUGCGACCAGGACCCUGCCCAGGAGGCGGUGAAAACCUGCGUUACCUGCGAGGUGUCCUACUGCGAGGAGUGCCUGAAAGCCACUCACCCCAAUAAGAAGCCAUUCACCGGCCACCGUCUCAUCGAGCCCAUCCCGGACUCUCACAUCAGGGGAUUAAUGUGCUUGGAGCAUGAGGACGAGAAAGUUAACAUGUACUGUGUGACUGAUGACCAGUUAAUUUGUGCCUUGUGUAAACUGGUCGGGCGACACCGUGACCAUCAGGUGGCAGCUUUAAGUGACCGCUAUGACAAGCUAAAGGAAAUAACCCCACCCUGGAGUCCAGAACUUGCUGAGAAUUCAGGAGCUGUGGCAGUAUCACUCUGUAGUGCCAUGGCAGGCCAGCAAAAUUUGGAGAGUAACCUCACCAACCUAAUUAAGAGGAACACUGAACUGGAAACUCUUCUGGCAAAACUCAUUCAGACCUGUCAACAUGUAGAAGUAAAUGCCUCCCGCCAAGAAACCAAGCUAAUGGAAGAAUGUGACCAACUCAUUGAAAUAAUCCAGCAAAGACGACAAAUAAUUGGAACCAAAAUCAAGGAAGGAAAGGUGGUGAGGUUGAGAAAACUGGCUCAGCAGAUUGCAAACUGCAAACAGUGCAUCGAGCGCUCGACAUCCCUCAUCUCUCAGGCUGAGCAGUCGCUGAAGGAGAAUGAUCACGCUCGCUUCCUGCAAACAGCUAAAAACAUCACUGAAAGGGUUUCCAUGGCAACUGCAUCCUCCCAGGUUCUAAUUCCUGAAAUUAAUCUCAACGAUACUUUUGAUACUUUCGCACUCGAUUUUACCAGGGAGAAGAAAUUGUUGGAAUGCCUUGAUUACCUUACAGCUCCCAACCCACCCACCAUUCGAGAAGAGCUCUGUACAGCUUCUUAUGAUACCAUUACUGUGCACUGGACAUCAGAUGAUGAGUUCAGUGUAGUCUCUUACGAGCUGCAGUACACCAUCUUCACUGGACAAGCCAACGUUGUUAGUUUAUGCAACUCAGCCGACAGCUGGAUGAUUGUUCCUAAUAUCAAACAAAACCACUACACAGUGCAUGGGCUGCAGAGUGGCACAAAGUACAUCUUCAUUGUUAAGGCCAUUAAUCAGGCUGGCAGCCGGAGCAGCGAGCCUGGCAAGCUCAAGACAAACAGUCAGCCAUUUAAACUGGACCCCAAAUCUGCCCAUAGAAAACUGAAAGUGUCUCAUGAUAACUUGACAGUGGAACGGGAUGAAACAUCAUCCAAGAAGAGUCACACACCAGAGAGAUUCACGAGCCAAGGGAGCUACGGAGUAGCUGGCAACGUGUUCAUCGACAGCGGGCGGCAUUACUGGGAAGUGGUUAUAAGUGGGAGUACGUGGUAUGCUAUUGGUAUUUCCUACAAGUCAGCACCGAAGCAUGAGUGGAUUGGAAAGAAUUCUGCCUCCUGGGUGCUUUGCCGCUGCAAUAACACGUGGGUGGUGCGGCACAACAGCAAAGAAAUCCCCAUUGAGCCCGCGCCUCACCUCCGGCGGGUCGGGAUUUUGCUGGACUACGACAACGGUUCCCUUGCCUUUUAUGAUGCUUUGAACUCCCUACACCUUUACACUUUUGACAUUACAUUUGGCCAGCCAGUGUGCCCCACGUUCACAGUGUGGAAUAAAUGUUUGACCAUUAUAACUGGCUUGCCUAUCCCUGACCACCUAGACUCCUCCGAGCAGCUCGCGUGACUGCUAAAAGCCAAAAGGUAGGAUGACACAUCUUCCCAGGGCAGCCCAGUGGUGCCAGCUGGAGCUUACCUGGAGCUGGUGGACCCAUGUGGCAUCCCAGACAACGCUGCCAAAUUUGGGCAAAACUGGCAAGGAGAGAAUCUCUCUUUCUGUGUAUUUUGUACUGAAGGACAAGAAGUGGCUUUAAUAAUAUGUUAGAACUUUCUUUUUCAGUUGGUUUUGUUUUGUUGGUUUUGUAUUUCAUCUCUUACAGGAAGAUUUAUAAAUUAUUUAUAAAAAUUGAAAAAAAAAAAGAAAAGUGAAAGCCUAGUAUGGACACCUGGGAAAUGACUUCUUGUUGUUUUGGGGGGUUUUUUUGCACAUUGAUGGUCCUGUUAAUUAAAGUUUCAUCAGCCUUUUGCAUAACUUUAUUUUACAGUGGAUAAUAGCAGGAAAUCAGAAGGAUGAAAACUGCAUAGUGGACAAGUCAGUAUACCGCAAGUUUUACUUGUGCCCACAUUAGUGGUCUCAUUACCAGCCUUGUUGAGUGCGAGAUCUCCCAAUGUCUACUUUGCACAUCGGAGUGUGCAGACCAAAAGAAAAAAAAUAAGCAAGAGAGGAAGUGGAGCUCGCCAACACAGCAAAAGAAUAAAGUUUAAUUUACUUCUGUUUACAGGGCAGUGCUCUCUCAGUUCAUAAAAAACAUGUGGAAUAUCUCCUAGAAAUGUGAGUGGAUAAAUCAUCUGGUGAUUUAUUUUAUUGAUGGCAAUAUUCCCAUCUACCAGUGCUUCGCUUUCGUCUUUGGGAAACAUUACAGAAUCACUGAGGAUGUGGAAAACCGAUACCAUCUCUGAGAAUCAGCAACACUGGAGGAGAGCAGCCAAUCCAAGGUCUGACUGUAGACUAAUUUGAUAAAGCAUCAUUUGAGGAUUGAUUGUAAUAGAAGAUGUCACGGUUCUGAUGGUAGACAUGUGAAUGCUUAUUGCUGAUUUUACAAGGUUCAACAUAGCAAGCCCAGCCAACAACUCGGAAGUGAGACAUGCGCCACUUUACCAUUGGUUUUAAAUUAAAUACAAAUGUUUCAUUGUCAUACACUGUGUAGUGUCUAUAACAAAGCAAGGAAAUCUGUUUUACAUGUGCUAUAUGGAGAAACACUGCAGCUGGAGUUUGCUCAUGGUUAUCAUUGUCCCAGGUUGUUUGGGAAAGCACAGUUCAUUUUGUGAAUGCAAAGUAAAGAGUAAGCUCUCAGCAGUGAUAGAAAUCUGCAUGGGGAGACCCUACAUUCAUCCUGGUGUUGAUAGAAGAGCUUCAGUGAAGGCAAUAGAGGUUGUAUGUACUUUAUCUCAGAGCUGAAUCAGGUGCAUUUUUUUCUCUUUCCCUUUACAGAUAGAAGCUUUUUGUAAUUAUUGCAAUGCUUAUGUACAAAUGAUCAUUUUGGGAGAUGCUUGAGGCAUAUGACAACUUUAAAAGAAUGGUUUUCCUACAGCAUUUUGUUGUUACUAUGCAAGUGGUGAAAAUCUGCCUGUAUAGAGAAAGGAUAAAUUGAAUAUCAGCUUUAAAGAUUUGCUCAGUAAUUUAUAACCAUGCUUUAGGUGUCUUUCAAAAAAGAUGCCUUAAUGCACUUUGUUCACUAAUGGGUCCAAAAUAAAAUGGUCCCAAGCUCAGCUUCAGAUUUUUUAAAUACUGAUUCUCCAGGUACAAAGCUGUACUACAGUUUGCCUUAUGAUUAUAUCAGAAAUUUAUGAACAAGAUGAGGCGAAUAUGUACAUGCCCAUUUGGAAUAGAAAAUAAAUGCCUUUCCAUGUUUCUUUGAUUUCCCUUUACAUGCUCUGCUAACUGCUGAAUUAAAUGUAGAAAAAUCUGGCAGUACAUUGCUGAUACCAUGGCUUUCAGCUGGGCAACGUCCCAUAGUUCACAGGUAGGAGCCACUGAUCUUUCUCAAGUAGGCAUAAAAAGGCAAAGUGUGUACAUAUAGCGAACCUCAGUGUUUAUCAUAGUGUCUUUAAUAAUCAAGAAACAGAUACCCUCAAAAAUGAAAAAGUAAAUCAGUCCCCAAGCAUUAAAUUUAAAAUUGAGUACAAUGUUACUGAUACAAUCUGAUAUACAAUGCCCAGAUAAUCUGACCUGGAAUGUUUGGGAGGUAGCUGAGAUGGUAUGAAAAUUUUGAAAAUGAGUUGACAGAAGAUGACUGAUGCAAAGCAGUGAUAAAAGGAUGCAUGAAGAAAGGACUUUUAAUCUAGGGUUAUUGCCAAGUUCUGCCUAAAAGGAAAGAGUGAAUUUCCAAAGUACAUGUAGCAAGGCUGUGUAUCUUCUCUUUUGCCAGAAAUAUUAAAACUAGAAGAUUAUUUCAGUAGUGGAUAAACUGAAAACACUGCUCAGUGUUUGGUUACACAAUGUUGGCAGAGAUUGAGCUGGAUAGAACUAAUGCCAUGAAUUUGAAGAGGUCCCAAAUGUUUUCAUGUAUUUUCACUGUAAAGAUAGAGCAUGAGUGUAAAGACAGAUCGUGGUUUUGGCCAAUGGAAAAAGCAUGGUCUGUUAUCUACAGAGCUUGCUGUAUCAUCUUUAUUUUAACACAGAAUAAUUCAUUUGGAGCUAAGCCACAUUACUCCAAUGUCCUUUUAGCUCAGACAGUACUCUUUGUGCAUAUAUAUUUGUGUAUAUAUGUACACAUAUGUAUGGGUAUACACACACCAGCAUAUGCACAAAUACAGUGUGUAAUUUGUGUAUAUACAUACAUAGGUAUAUACACAUACAAAGUGACAGCAAUUAGUCAGGUGUUCCUUUUUGGUCAUUUCUUGAAUAAUUUCAUAUUCUGUAUGACGAGGAAACAAGUUUGCUAUGAAUGGUAUUCUUCUGGACAUUUUUUAACAAACAAAAUCUGUUUAUUUUACAAUACUUGAUUCAAUGCCUGAUUAAUCAAUAAAAACUUCCAUUUGAAAAUGUAGCUUCUGUGGUCUGUGGCAUUUUGCAUGGUCCAUAGUUAUGAAUUGAAAUCUGGGGGAACAAGUAGUCCUUGUAUAAAAAUAAAACAUGGUACUUUAAUGUAGCAUGCACUCUUAGAUGAGGAUUUUUCCCUUUUUUUGAAAGUUUUGUGACUAGGAAUGAGGUAGCAUUGUAUAAUGCUGUGUUUAAGAAGUGCAGAUUUUUGAGGAAUAAUCUGCUGAGAUGCAAGCAGUGAAUGUGGUAGAUAAAGCCUGUGUUGGUAUAAUGAUUGUUUCAAAAGUGUAUUUAAAACCCAGUUUGGGAUUCAGCCGAAUUAGAACAAAUAAUAGCGUAAUCUCUUUAGAAGAUAGUAGCAGCUCAGAGUAGUGUUGAGCUUGAGGUAAUGGAAGGGUGGGGGACUAUUUCUCUCCAGGACCAGAUAAGAUUUUCCAUAUGUUUGACUUUCAUGUGUUAAUGCACACCUAAUAGAGAAAAAAAUCAUUCUGGAAUGGGCUAUAUGUCAUAAAUUAUUUAGUAGACUGUCUCCAGUCUACUGUAUUUUCCCAUUGUUUGCUUUCAGAAAGCAAUAAAGUUGCUGCUUUUUGUGCCAUUAAUUUAUUCUUUGUCGGUUUUGGGUAUCCCAUUUUUCAAUUGCUCAGCAAAGAGACUCCCAGUGAGCAGAGGGUCCCAAGGGUAGGCAGCAUAAAAGUCGCUCAGGUCUGGGUACACUGUGGAAAGCAGGAAAUCUGCAAGUACAGGUGAAAAGACAUGUUCUUCAUUAUUUUAGCAAUAGUAGGUCACUAAACUGCAGUGUGCAUCAUCUGUUUUAGUCCUGUGUCUUAAUUGUAAACACUAUAUUCUUUACAUGUUAGAAAACGCAACAGGACACUAUUGAAAGCACAAAUUAAAAUGUCAGCUUGUUAACCAGUUCAUUUUGAUAUGCCCAGCAUUUACAGCACAUGAAAGACUGAAAGAUUCCAUUAAAAUAUUAUUUAAUAUCUAACACAGUGUAAGUAUUUCUUUUUUAAUUAUUCUAAUAAAGCAGAUGUCUAGUAGUUAGCAGAUUCUGCUUUUAUUUGCAGCAGCACAAUUUUCAGAUAAGCACAUGCACCAAAACAAAGUGAGGAUUGCUACUGGGUCUUAUCUGUGUCACCAAAACUGAGGGUAUUAAUUUUAGUUGGAAACACUGCUUUAAUUAGUGGUUUAGGAGUGAAGAAGUGCUGGACACACACAGGAAGUACACACCAGUACCUCAGUACCUUUGGGAAGCUGGUGAUAAACAAAAUGUGCACAGGUUGGUUUUGCAGUGACAUGCUGGGAGUUUUACUGGAACACCACCUCUGAUGUGUUUUCACAUACUGAUCUUUCUAAUAGUGGAAGUGUGUCUUGAGAUAUAGGGAUGUAAAAGCAGUAUUUUCCUGUUUUACUUAGUUGGUUGCCCAUAUAGAAAUGAGCACAGUAUUUUUGUCUCCUCCACACUGAGGAAAGCCCUGCUCACUUCCAAGUGCUGAUGGUGUCUGUUCUAGAUUAUGCUGAGCUAUUUGUAUUUAUUGUGCUUUCUAAAAUGAAAGAAACCCUCUUUACAUUUUAACCUUUGAUUUAGUACUUGAUUUUCAUACAAAAAGUUAAGAGACUAAAGAGCAAUGAUGUUAACAAUGCUUUCAGUGUGGGUAAGACUCUUGGUUUGUACUGUGAGGUUUAGGGCUUCUGUGUACAUAAAUCAAAUCUCUGUGCCAGAACAGGCUGAUUUGUCAUUCUUGUGGGAGUUGGAACAGUGCAGGUGCAAGUGUUUUCUUCUGAUGCAGGCUUUUGUAUUAACUCCACUCUUUAAAUGGAAUAUUCUGUUUCUUUAAUUUUUUUUAUUGGUUUUCUGAUUCAAGUGCAGACCCUUUUAAUGAAACUGUAAAUAGUAAAAUCUGUCAUCAUGUUACUUAUUUUAGCAAGCCCUGCCAUAUCAUGUGCCUCUGGCAGAUCACUGAACACAUCGGCUGCAACCAUAACCUUUGCAACAUCACCUCCAACCUGAGGACUGAUGCUUAUGCCAUUGACCAAGUAUGUUACUUUCCCAGGUGGGAUUCAACCUGCUAUGAGUAAGGAAGUCUAGCACAAAUCAUGAUACUGGUUAAAGGUGAGGGACACAUAAAUUUCACAAGGGUGAUAUAUGAAAGAUAUGGGCUUGAAAAUCAUCAGUGUUGAGGCAGUUCUGGUUUAAAAGUGGAACAAUAUAUUAGGAAGUCACAAAGUCUUCUACUACAGUGUGAUUGACAGUGACAUAAUUACUGCUGCCUGAGAGAGGAACAGAGUAGCAAAAGAGGGAGUUCUGGAGCAGUGCUGAGAGAGAUCACUCAGAGUGACGGGGCAGCUGAAAACCUGCCACCACUACCUGCCUUGGCACCAUGCUGCAGCUCUGCAAAGCAAGCCUGCACCUAUUCAUCCUUUUGUUCCCACUCAGGCUCAACCCACAUUCCCAAAUGACAGGAAAAAUAAUAUUGCAAUUACAUAUUUGAAAUCCUAACCUGAAUAAAAGCAGCAGGGCAGGGAUGACAGCCCCAGGCCUUGAUCCUCCUUUAUUCACCCAGAUUUUUACAUCUGCUGACUUCAAAGGAGAUAGUCCUGAUUUACACAGAGGUAGGUACAAGCCCAUGAAUCUUCACUUUCCAAAGAGUCAAACCCAAGUGAAGCAGGAGCCCCUGUGAGAACAGCUCAGACUUCCCAUUAAAUCAUGUCUUUGGAGAAAGCACUUUAGCUGCUAGCAAAACUACAGUUUCUCAUGAGCUGUUUCCCAAGGCCAGCACAGGUGUGUUUUAAAAUGUCUGGUUCUUUUAAAAUGUAUGGCUCAAUAACAUUCUUCUUGGGUGAAUUGUUCAGGCAAUGCACUGCUGUUUCCUCCAGGCAGUGUGGGAACAAUUCUCUUAGCAUGUGCUGUGUUACUUUUGUAAAAAUCAUGAGAGUCGCAGAUACACAAGUUAUGAUAUAAUGCUCUAGCAUAAGACUAUUGUUCUUGGACUUCCAUUUAAAAAUGGAUGAUAGCUAAAAAGUUUAGAAGUCUGCUUCCUUUAACUGUCCUAAUGUAUAUAGUUAUUUGAACUCAUGGAGAUUUUUCCUCUUAAGGAAUAUCACCUCCUUUCUUGUUAAUACACACAGACAGAUAGUAAUUAGGAGUAUUCCUUAAAAUUAUGAACUCUUAGAAUAGCUUACAAUCAAGCCUCUAAAGGGCAGCAAAUGGAGGCUUUGUGUUUUGUAUAGCCUUUGAAUAGGAAAAAAACCAGCUACAGCUGUUUAGAUCACUGAAACAUGUAACAAAUGACAGCUAACUGUGACAUGACAAGAUGGGAAUAGUUUUCAUUAGUAAUUUUUUACUUCACCCUCAUUUUUAUUUUACUUGGAAAACAGACAAUUCCACUUGAAAAUGUUUCUCUGUUAUCCUUCUAUUCCUUCACCCUUCUUUCUAUUUUCAGUCUCAUUUUAAAUUUUUAAAUAUUAUAGUUGCAAGAAGUGUGUGUUUCAAAAAGUUGGCUUUUUUAAAAAAUUAUUUUCUUAAAAAUUACUGUUUUCAGAAUGUGCACAAAAAAUGAAAUGAAAAGUCAAAAUGAAAUAUGGCAGCUUGAAUGUUGAGAAUAUUUUUGAAGUAGAAGAUAAAGAAGGAAUGCAGAUAAACCUGUCACUCUUCUACAAUUACUGAAUUAUUUGAUUUCAUUAUUCUGGGCUUAAUAGCAUUGCUCUCUAAUUAAAACAGCACUAGGAGACCUGAUUAAGGAGCACAAGCAGAGAGAUAGUAGAUUAUUUUAGGAUAACCCUGGAACGAGCUCCCUUUAAUAGUAGUAAUAUAUAUAUUCAACCUCAUUAAUGUCAGCUUGGGGAUUUGGGGGUUCUUUUUAAUUUUUAUUAUUAUUAUUAUUAAUAUUGUGUGUCCUCACUAACAGUAGUUUCCAGCCUAGAAAUAUAUGUCUCUCUUUGGAAGCAUAGAUUCCUUAUGGAAUUUGGAAAAAGUCCACCCUGUGGCAGUGUGAAGGUGGUGCUAACACAGUGAGGCCAUCUCCCACCAGCAGAGGAUUAUUUGAUCUAUCGUUCUGUCAUCUUGUUUAUGCAAGUAGUAGUGAUAGCAAGAGGAUGAAAUAGAUUCAUCCAGAUUUGUAGGUAUAGGAAGAUGUGGAAAGCCUCUUUGUUGCAUUUGUAAUUACAACCAGUUGCACAGCCAGCCCAGAACUAGAAAUUAGCAAAAGGCGAUUUGUUCCUUAAUACAAUCAGUAACACAUCCUUUUAAUUUUUUCUAGUGACUGUGACCUCUGUCUCACUUUGUCCAUCAGUUUACAUCCACAUGCUCCUUGAACAUUUGUUGAAGUUGCAGUUGAAAAUAUUGGGGCUUUUUUUACCUAUUAGGUUUUAAUCAAACAAACAUUUUUUUAAAACACACAUUGCUGAUAUAAUGUCAGCAGGUUAUGGCAGAGUGUAGAGAUGAGGAACAAGGUAGGACCUAGAACAGGUCCCAGUUGAGUUCAGAACAGAAUAAUAUUGUUUCUCUUCUAACAGUGUAGUCAUAGGAUUACUACAUUGCAUAUAUUUAGGAAAACAAGGUUUAUUAUUAAGAAAGUGCCCUCAGUUAUGCUUUAAAUUCUAACAAAUGCAAGAACAAUUGAGGAAAUUAGGAGAAAACUUUGAAUUAUAUACACAAAAAGAAAAAGAGAAGAAAAAGUUGUUUAUUUGCUAUCAAUAGUUCGAAUUUUCCUGCUUCCUUCCAUGGAGAGGAUGAAACAGGAAUGAUUUGUCUUUCCAUUCUUAUGAAGUCACUGCUCCAUAUUAGUGUUACUUGGGAAUCUCUCAGGAUGAAGAAAUUUAAUAGGAAAAAGUACAGAGUUCUCAAUAGUCUUGAAGUCUGCAUAAGCCAUUAGCCAGUUUCAAGGCUGAAUUACUAUCAAGUUAUGAACGCUUUCAUGUAUAUUUAACUGUGCCAGUAGAAACAUGUAGAAUUAAAAAAAAAAAGUGAUCAAUCAACUACAAAGCUGCUACUGGGUACAGGGAAAGGAAAAUAUUUUUAUGGACCAGUACUCGUGCUGGUUCUCAUGCAGACAGAAGGCCUAAGACCUGAAAACUUUUUAUCUAUUUUUGGAAUUCAAAAGCUCUGCAAAUCAUCCUGAGGGGCUGGUUGGUAUAUGGGGGUACAACUCACCCUAAAAGUGUUCCCACUCUACCAGUUUUUCCUGCUUCCCCACAAGUAGAAGGAGAAGCAAGCCAGAUCCCAAAGGUCUUAAUCUCUAAUCUGUCCCUGGCAUUUCUCAUGGCAGGGACAGUAAAGGCACAGGAUGGCCCUUGACUCCACAUCUUGUGUGGCAACAGAAUUAUGCUACGAAGUUUUAAACAGGCUUCUCUGGGAUGGAACUUGACCCCACAGAAAGAGAGGCCGAACUGGCUGCAGUAGCAAGGUCUGAUUUCUCAAGUAGCUUCUCCAGCUUCUGCCAUAGUCAGGAAAAGGAAGGCAAAUCUGCUGCAGGACAGGCUAUGAGGAUGGCACAUUUUCUAAAGGCAUGUCCAAAAGGAUCAAAGGGAAAAUUUUAAGUGUUAUUCAUCCUCAUAGGAAGGUCUGCAUAAGGAGAAUGGAUACAUUUUUCCAUGUUUCCAUGGAAGCCUGGAAAGCUGCCUCCUUAUGUGUCAGGUUUGGCAGUACUUGUGGGCAGGCAGUCUCUCACUUCAUUUGAAGAGAAAAAAAUAAUUUUCCCAUAGUUUUUCUUCCCAUUUUCCUAAAAGUCUGACAAAUGGGAAGAAAAAAUUGCCAAAUUCCGUUGCAUGAAGGCUCAUACCACUGAUCUUCAUUGUCAAAGCAAAGGAAAUGCAAAAAAUAAAGAAAAUUAUUUUUAAAAAAACAAAUGAACAAAAACCAAAGAAAAUGCAACAAAACCUCUGUGUGCAAAACUGUUGUUACAACUGACAUAUCCGAAAUUUUUAAUUUGCUACUAUUAUAACAGUAGCAGAUUAAUAGUACUAUUAUGAUAGUAGCAGAAACAAAUUGGAGGAUUUAUGAUGACUGGUACUCCGAUAAUGAAAGAGAGAAAUAGAAGUUGAAGGCAGAAAGAACAUCGUUGGGAAAUACACCUAGGAAAGCAAAACCAAAAAGCAUUGCUAGCCCAGUGCAGUGAGUCUGGUAGAAGCUCAGCUGGAAGACUGCAAAAUUCUGGUCUAAAAGGUGAUAUUCAAUAACACAGGAUCAGAUAAAGGCUUGUCCUAAGGGAAAGCCAAGGAAGAGCCUACAUUAGAAGGGCAGAUGUAAAUGUGGCAGUGCAGCUGUUACUGUCUGAAUGGAGAUAAGAAAGUGGUUGUGCUUGUAAAUAUAUUAUGAGGGUUUAGCCCUAGGAAAGGUGAGUAACAGUUCUGAGUAAAAGUCAAAAUGGUACAAGAAUAAAUGCAGUGUGCUUGUUUAUGAACAGUUAGGUCUAUAGAAAUCAAGAAGGUUACUUUGUAUGAUGACAAGAAGAAUAAAGGAACCUUGCUGUUUUGAGAUGAAGUUUUACGUGUGAAAUUAAUCACACUUCAGUCUAAAUGACCAAAUAUUAGUCAACUAGGCAUAAGCAUGUUUUCUAGGCAUCUCCCAUAAGGAAUGGGAAAUAAACAGCACCUGCAAAUGUCCAUUCCAGAUAUUCCAGCCACCUAACUCAGAACAGGGAGACUCUUACUCCGUGCCUGAACUUUAACCAUUGGUUAUAUGAGGAGUCACAAACAGCUAGAGUGUAUUUGAUACCUGUCUUUUAGAUAGCUAAAGCCAGAUCAAGUGACUAUCACUCUAUAUAUUUAGCAAAUGGUAUAUUGACAUUUUUAUAGUGUAAAUCCAUUUCUUUGGGUAUAAUACAGAAAUUUAUAAACAGCUUCUGACUUAAAAUCCUUACUGUGCUGAAGUACGAAGGCGAUUUUUCCCUGCCCUCAGUGAAGCCUAGAUUUUGCCUCUUAAAUAUGAAUAAGGUGAAAUAUUGUAGGUCAAAGUCAUAUUAAAUGUAGACAUCUCUUAACAAGGACUAUUCUAGCCACUGAGCCCUUGUUUUUUCACAAGAAGUCAUUUAUAAUAAUGCUUCAGUAAAAUGUCCAUUCAGGCAGUGUCAACAAAUAAAUACAAUUUUAUUUGACCACAAAACAAACUGGCUUGCAGAUUAUAUGUAUUCAUAUGUAUUCUAUUGCACUGAUCCUGUGCACAAGUAUUUUAGAUCCUAAAUUGGUUUGCUUACCCAAUGCUGCAAAAUGCUACACAUUAAUAGCAUUGCCAGGGCCAAAUGAUUUGGCUGUGGUAUGGAAUCAAGAGCUCCUCAGCAAAACUGUCCUCUAACAGAGAAGUAGCCAACAGUUACAAGAAAUGCAUAAGAGAUAGCUGAGAAGUGUUGGCUCUUUAAUAUGUAAGUUGGAUGCUGAGGUCUAAAGUACUUGUUUUUCUAUGUUAUUUAUUUACAUCUUCUGCAAAGGAAAUAGUUAGUUCUCCAAAGGAUAACUGGAAAUCCUUUUGACAUUCAUGGUAGAUUGUUUUGGAUGGUUACCAUCCACAAAAUCUUAAUGAGAAGAGAAAAAUAUUCUGUAGAUGGAUGUAAAUAUCCCUUUUCCCAGGGUUUUAACUUAGACUCACCUCUCUAUAUUGUACAGAUCACUUUCAGAGGUUUCAUUUUAUCUAUUUCUAAACAGCAUGAGUAUUUAUCUAAUGAUGCUGUGGUGAGGUAUGCUUCCUUCUUCAGGUUAAUAGAGUGCACAGUUGAAAAAAUAUUCACAUGCAAAGUAUUGUUAACUGCUUGUUCAUAAAAGGGAAGGAAAUUACUCAGGCUGGAGAAAAUUUUAAGUUAAAAUUGUUGAUGCUCUUCAGGGUGAUAGAAAAAAAAUUCUCUAAUAAAAGGUGAGAGUUUCUGAAGGAAGCACUUUUUGUUGUGGAAAGGAUUAAUGAUCCAGGAAGGUCAACUGAGGAAAACUGUCAGAAACUCACUCAGACUAGGGAAAUAUUUUGUAAAAGUCAUGACAAAGAAGAAUCUAGUGUACUUAAAGUCAUGGUGAAAGGUGACAGAUAUAGCCUGGUGUGCUUUGGAGGGACCAGUCUGAGGAUUUCUAUUUACAGAGAAUAUGGGAAUAGCUUGUGAAACUGCACUGGCCCAUCCUGCUUAGGGGUCUUGGAGUUGGAAGCAGCAUCAGAAAAUAAUGGAAUUGAAAUACAAGUCAAGAAAGAAGGAACUGGGAACAGGAUAUAGCACAACAAAAAAAUUUCUGUAAAAUGUGUCUUCUUACUGCUGGAUUUGUAACAUUGUUGAGUACUGAAAUGGAGACAGCUUUUAAACUGUAACUUAUUUUCACAGGUUGUGGCAAUGUGAUUCAUUACUUUUGUUAAUUUUAUUACUUUAACAAAAGUGUUCCUUCAUUUCUGGUGCCUAAAUCUCUAUCCACUUACAAUGUUGAUUUAUGUGUAAGCAAGGCCUUACAUCCUUAGGUAUUUCCCAAUCCAUAGAAGCAUGGAAUUAAUCCUAUCUCCUCAUAAACUCUGGGCUCUUCCAACAGCACUGUAAGGAACGUAGAGACACUUUUUCCUGUCUCUAGUUGAACCUGCCAAGAUUUUUCAGUAAAUGAUGGUACUUGAUAGGUACUGAGGCCUCUAGGUUUGGGAGCUUGGUGGGUUGAUGUGGCAGAAGUAGGGAUGAUUUGUCUUUUACAUGGAAGCAGGCACUGAUUAAGUGAUUAAAAUUUACAGCGGAUGGUUUUGUUUUGAAUUGCUGGAAUGGAAUGUGUCUGAAGGGUGGUGAAGAUGUUUGACGCUGGAUGAGGAGGAAGUUUUGCCAAGGCAUUGGUGAGGUGUCACUGUCAAGGAUGUUAAUGAAAUGUAACCACAGUCACUGUAAUCCAAAAGGAAUUUGACAAAAUCUUUGUAAAGUUAUUGUGCUCUGAAUGGUGUUAAAAUAUGGAAUUAAUGUAAAUGUAAAUGAACUGAUGUUUUGUUAUUGGAAUAAGAUACUGCGGAUGUAUUGUGGGAUAUAUAUAAAUGAAUGUGUAAUCUAGAUUAUUUGGGUUAUAAAAGAUGGUGCUUUGACCACCUGUCAGUGAUUUGCUUUUACCAGGCUAAGGAAAUUGUGGAUACGAGAAGAAAUAACAAUUUAUUAGCAAGUUUUGGAUUGUAUGAAUGUGUCUUGAUUUUUGUAAUAAAGAAUGCUAACUCUA